UUGACAAUUCAAAUUCUUAAAUUCGAUGGUAAAUUAAGCAAAUUUUGAAAAUACGAACUGUAAAUUCUAUAACGAAUGCCUUUGCCGAGCUGGCACUGCCUUCUGAAUACUCGAACCAGUUUAGAAAAUCGAGUUUGACAACUGUCAGAUCCAGUUGGACAAAUUGAGUUUCAGCUGAUCGUUCCGAGACAUUUGUAGCCAUGUAUUAUAUAUUAUCCGUACUGCUUAUAACAACUCCGGGGCGGUUUUCGUCGCAUACUCUUGAAGAUUUUCGACAACGUGUCGAUGCCUUGAGGGAUGGGUUGAAAGAAGGUCUACCUGUGAAGUCACCCGGGCCGACGAACGAAGUUAAGUACGUCCAUUUAUCGACUCUCGAGUACCCGAAGAAUAACCUACAAAAACUAAGCCGGAUUAGGCAGCUCUGGGAGCUUUACUACGACUGUUUAAACUCACAGUUGCAAGCUUUGAGUUCAAGGUCCAUGCGGCCCGUGGCUGUUUCUCUGUACGAAGGAGCCUCGGUGCGUUUGGAUUGCCUGUUUUGUCCAUCACCCAGGCAGGAACCAGGCUCUGUAAAAUGGUUUCACCAAAAGACCCUCACCGGUGCUCACAUCCAAAUCGAAGACGCUGACAAAAUGAACUCUGACGAUUCUCUCAAUAUAUACGAUGCCGGACCAGAAGAUGCUGGAAUAUACUAUUGUACGUUUGGAAAUACAAAGACUUCCUCAUAUUUUGUUCACGUUUUCGACGACGAGGAGCCACUCCUACAGGUCAAAUUUGACAGUACCUAUUCCAAAACUUCGGAAAUAUUAGAUGGAAUCGUAUUGAAAACAGUUUGGUCGGAUUGGAGUUCCUGCACGCGAUGUGAUAAAGUCGGCCGAAGAUUGAAGUUCGGAGCUUGUUUCGUUUUUGCAUCCAUUCCGUCGUUUAUAUCCCACUACAAUGAAACGUACAAGCUGUUAGAAUAUUUCAACAACGGACUGCCUUGUCGUAGCCCUUUGUUGCCUGGCUGGUUUACGAAAAUAGAACUCGUCCGAAACACUCCGAACAAGGUUUUUUUGGGGUACUGCAAAGAGGCCUGUACAGACACGUUUUUUGAAGUCCGUGAUGAAAAGGGGUUAUUGAUGAAUAUCGUAAAUAACAGUGCAGGUAAAUUUUAGAGACCGUCAUG